CCGUGCCAUGCAUGGGGGUGUCACAAGGUCCCCCUGUCCCCCAGGCCAGGUGGCAGCGUGGCCCCUCGGCCACAUCCAGCAAUUCGCCAUGCAGGAGGCAAUGCUGGGAAGGGAACGCGUGUGGUAUCCGAGGUGGCCCCUGUGCAGCCUUAUCGGGGGGGUGGCAGCACCCCACAGACCUAAUUAGCACGGAGUUAAUGAGGGAGAGCAGAGUGCUAGGGCUCCCGAGAGUUGCCUGGCUUAGCGGCGAGGAGGGGGGACCUAUUUUUGGGUGUCCUCAGCCAUCCCCAUUGCUGAUAACAGGGGGCCUACUGAGGUUUUGGGGCCCCCACCCCACCUCUUGGGGUUGAGCGUGCCCCCAUAUGAUGGUGAUGUCUCCCCUGGGGACAGGACGGGGUGGACAUCCCAUCCCCAUCCAUGCUGCGUCCAUCCCCAUCAGCAUGCGCCCCGAAUGCCGGCUCCAUUCCCCCCCCACAUCCAUCCCAGCCCCCCACUCCCCACCCCCCAGCUCGUGGGCUGUAAUUGCGGGGCGCCCCGUGGGGCGCUUUGUGCCUGCCCUGGCGCGGAGGCGUUGAGGCCAUUGUGCUUGGUGACAAUGACAGCUGCCUGGCGCAGGUGCCCCUGCAGGGCUGAAUGGCCCCAGUGCAGGAGGGGGGUUGCUGCCACCCCCUCCUCCUCCUCCUCAUUGAGGCGGAGGGCUGCCGGUUCCCUGCGGGGCUGUGGGCAUCGAUGGGGAACUGGGGGUGGGAAUGUCCCCCACCACUGGCAGAGCAGUCCUGGGGUGUCACCCUGGGGGGUCACUUGCCGGAGUAACCCAAGGGACUACAAUGGUGGCACUGGGUUGAGAAGUGUCACCGCAGAGGUGCUGGGCUGCAAAUUGUCUCCGGGAGCUGCUGGCAGCUGCACGCACACUUUGAGGUCCCCCUGUGUGCUUGAGGCUAUCCUAUGUGCCCCCGCUCACUUCGGGGGUCUCUCUUCAAGCUUUGGGGUCCCCUGUGUUCUUUAAGGGAUCCCUUGCAGGCUCUUAGGUCCCCUGUGUGCUUAGGGAUCCUCUGCAUGCUCUGAUAUCACCUGCAUGCUUUGGGGACCCUCUGUAUGAUUUGAGGUCCCCCUCACGCCUUGGGGUCUCCUGCAUGCUUUGGAGUCCCCCUGCAUGCUCUGAGGCCCCCUAUGCGGAUUGGUGGCCCCUGCAUGCUCUGAGGUCACACGGAUACCUUGGGGUCCCUUUGUGUGCUUUGGGGUGCCCCAACAUGCUUUGGGGUCCGUCUGCAUACCUUGAGGAUCCCCCUACAUGCUUUGGGUUCCCCUGUAUUCUUUGGGAUCGUGAGGUCCCCUGUAUGCUUUGCAGUCCCCCUGUACGCUUCGGGGUCCCCUGCGUGCUGUGAGUUCCCCGCCGUGGAGACAUCCUGAUCCCAUCGGGCCCCACUGGAGACCCCACUGGUCACCCCACAGGGGUGGAUCCACGGGAUGCCACCUGCACCAGAGCCCAUCCGUGCCCCACUGCCCCGCAUCGCUCCCAGCCCGCCGGGACGUGGCAGGGGACAGGGGUACUGCCUGGGUGGCUGUGCCUGGGCCACCGAGAUAGCCCCGGUGCCAGCAGCCGGAUGUCUGCGGGGUGCCUCGCCCCGACGCAUUUUCCGUUGUGCACGAGCCGCGUCGCCGUCCCCCAUUAAUUCUGCAGCCCCUUUUCGUGCACCAGCACCGAAACCUCGCAGGGGUCCCCGCGGCGCCGGGGUUUGGGGGCUGCAGGGCUGCAGGGCACGUCCUGGGGGUGCACGGCUGCGGCCGAGCCCGGAAGGGCGCCUUGCAUUGCACAGCUGAUAAGGUUUGCAGCCACCCGCAGCCCUCUGUGUGCACCCCAACCCCGCCGGCUUUCUGGGGGUGUGGGGCUGGACCCGCCGGAGCCCGCUGCGUUCCCAUGGGGUGAUGCUGGUGAGAUGCAGAAGAGUGUGAAGGAGGGGCUGCUGCUGAAGCAGACGAGCUCCUUCCAGAGGUGGAAGCGGAGAUACUUCAAGCUGCGAGGCCGGACGCUGUAUUAUGCCAAGGAUGCUAAGUCCCUGAUCUUUGAUGAGGUGGACCUGUCCGACGCCAGCGUGGCCGAGACCAGCACCAAGAACAUCAACAACAGCUUCACAGUGAUCACGCCGUUCCGCAAGCUCAUCCUGUGUGCUGAGAACCGCAAGGAGAUGGAGGACUGGAUCGGAGCCCUGAAGUCAGUGCAGAAGUGGGAGAUCCACGAGGCCACGCAGUUCAACAUGGAACACUUCUCGGGCAUGCACAACUGGUACGCCUGCUCCCACGCCAGACCCACGUUCUGCAACGUGUGCCGCGAGGCGCUCUCGGGGGUCACCUCCCAUGGCCUCUCCUGCGAAGUGUGCAAGUUCAAAGCGCACAAGCGCUGCGCUGUCAGAGCCACCAACAACUGCAAGUGGACCACGCUGGCGUCCAUCGGCAGCGAGAUCAUCGAGGAUGAGGACGGGGUGGCCAUGCCCCACCAGUGGCUGGAGGGGAACCUGCCCGUCAGCGCGCGCUGUGCCGUCUGCGACCGGACCUGCGGCAGCGUGCGGAGGCUGCAGGACUGGCGGUGCCUCUGGUGCAAAGCCAUUGUGCACAGCGCCUGCAAGGAGCAGUUCGGCAAGAGGUGCCCCUUGGGGCAGUACAAAGUGUCCAUCAUCCCACCCACCGCCCUGAACAGCAUCGACUCGGACGGGUUCUGGAAGGCCACCUGUCCCUCCUCCUGCUCCAGCCCCCUCCUGGCCUUCGUCAACUCCAAGAGUGGGGACAACCAGGGCGUCAAGUUCCUGCGCAAGUUCAAGCAGUUCCUCAACCCUGCGCAGGUCUUCGACCUCAUGAACGGGGGCCCGCACCUGGGGCUGCGCCUCUUCCAGAAAUUCUCCACUUUCCGCAUCCUGGUGUGCGGUGGCGAUGGCAGCGUGGGCUGGGUGCUGUCCGAGAUCGACGCGCUGGGGCUGCACAAGCAAUGCCAGCUGGGCGUCCUGCCUCUGGGCACCGGUAACGACCUGGCACGGGUGCUGGGCUGGGGCAGCCUCUGCGAUGAUGACACGCAGCUGCUGCAGAUCCUGGAGAAGCUGGAGAGGGCCACCACCAAGAUGCUGGACCGGUGGAGCGUGCUGACCUACGAAGCCCCCAAGCAGUCCCCACCGGCCCUGAAGGAGGAGGAGGACGGGGACUCCAACAUCCAGGCCCACAUCUCCCACUACGCCGACUCUGUCGCCUUCCACCUGGCCAAGAUCCUGGAGUCGGACAAGCACUCAGUGGUGAUUUCAUCUGCCAAGUUCCUCUGUGGCACUGUCAAUGACUUUGUGGCUGAAGUUGGCCGUGCCUACAAGAGGGCAACUGAGAACAAGCAGGAGGCAGAGCUGAUGGCCAGGAAGUGUGCCAUGCUGAAUGAGAAGCUGGACUCGCUGGUGCGGGAGCUGACCGAGGAGGCUCAGGCCAUCGUGGUCCCCGAGGGGACCCCGCAGGGCACCCCGACCGAUGCCAAGGAGCUGGAGAAAGGCGGCUUUGCCCCCAGCCCCGUGCCCCGCAUCUUCAAAUCCAAGGAGCAGCUGAUGCUGCGGGCCAACAGCCUGAAGAAAGCCCUGCGGCAGAUCAUCGAGCAGGCCGAGAGAGCUGUGGAUGAGCAGAACAAACAGACCCAAGCAUACCAGGCCACCGCGGUCCCCAGCAAGAAGGACAGCUCGGAGGAGCUCAACAAGGAGGAGGAGCGGCUCUGCUCUCGGCGGGAGACGGUGACCUCGGCCACCUCGUCCAUCCUCCUGGAGCGGCCGGACACCUUUGGCAGCUUGCAGUUCCCCGAGGACCCCGGUGUGCUGCACUUCUCGGAGAAAUGUGUCAUGAACAAUUACUUCGGCAUCGGCCUGGAUGCCAAGAUCUCGCUGGAGUUCAACAACAAGCGGGACGAGCACCCCAAGAAGUGCAGCAGCCGCACCAAGAACAUGAUGUGGUAUGGGGUGCUGGGCACCAAGGAGCUGCUGCAGCGCACCUACAAGAACCUGGAGCAGCGGGUGCAGCUGGAGUGCGACGGGGUACCCAUCUCGCUGCCCAGCCUGCAGGGCAUCGCCGUGCUCAACAUCCCCAGCUACGCCGGGGGCAUCAAUUUUUGGGGCGGCACCAAGGAGGACAACAACUUCGGCGCGCCGUCCUUUGACGACAAGAAGCUGGAGGUGGUGGCUGUGUUCGGCAGCAUCCAGAUGGCCGUGUCGCGGGUCAUCAACCUGCAGCACCACCGCAUCGCCCAGUGCCGCGUGGUGAAGAUCACCAUCCGCGGGGACGAGGGCGUUCCGGUGCAGGUGGAUGGGGAAGCGUGGAUCCAACCGCCCGGCGUCAUCCGGAUCCAGCACAAGAACCGGGCGCAGAUGCUGACCAGGGACCGGGCGUUUGAAAGCACCCUGAAGUCGUGGGAGGACAAACAGAAGGGGGAGAGCUACCGUACUGCCGCGCGGCCGCGGCUCAGCUCGCAGCAGUCCAUGGAGUACCUGACCGAGGAGGAGAGCAGCCUGCUGCAGCAGCUGUCACGCGUGGCCGAGACCCUCAUCGCCAGGAUCCGCGAGGCAGCCAAGGCGCACAAAGGCGUGGAGCAGGAGCUGGCGCACGCCGUCAACACCAGCACCUCGGCGCUGAGCGACGCGCUCUGCAACAAAGGCACCGGCACCUCUGAGUUUCUCAGCAGGAACGCAGCCGUGGAGGUGGUGCUGAGCAUCAAAGCGCUCUAUACCGAGACCAGAGCGUUCCUGGAGGGGAAGGCGGUGAGUGUGGGGCCCGGGACCCCUCCGAGCCCCCCAGCCCAGUUGUCCCCCCCACCAGCAGGUGGCAGUGGGGCUGGGGACGGUCCCUGUCCCCCGCAGCUGGACUCACCCCAGGAGGAGGAAGUGCUGCAGGGCCCCCUGAGUGCGCUGGGCCAGGAGCUGCAGCGGCUGCUGGACAUCCACUGGUUGGGACCCAUCGCCCACCCCAGCGAGGAGGAGAGCACCAGCAGUGCCAAUAAAGGCAGCUUCAAGCUUCGCCUCAACAUCCCCAAGCCCAGGAAGGACAAGGCACAGAAGCAAAAGAGCAACAGUGCGCUCCCAGCGGACAAGUGGGGUGCUGAGGAGGUGGCUGCCUGGCUGGAAACACUUGGGUUAGGGGAGUACAGAGAAAUCUUUAUCCGGCACGACAUCCAGGGCUCAGAGCUGAUCCUGCUGGAGAGGAGAGACCUGAAGGACCUGGGCAUCACCAAAGUUGGCCACAUGAAGAGAAUCUUGCAAGCCAUUAAGGAGCUCAGCAACCCACCCUAGGCUGCCAGGAGCUGGGGGGGGCCUGGGUCCCUGCUGCCCCCUGUGUGCGUGUGUGUGGAGCCCUCCCCCCCCACCCCCGCUUGCCUUGCUUUGUCUGUUUGUCCCCCAGCAUCCCUGGAGCUGCUGCUUCUCUCUGAGCCUCAGGGGCUGGAGGCACCAACGGUGCAGGGUCACUACAGGAGCCAGGGAGCUGGGCUGCAGUAUGGGGCCAAAGCAAAAAGAUCUCCCCCUUUCCCUACGUCGGUAUUUAAGCUGUGUAAAUAUUUGGAGAAAA